CAGAUGGUGAAUUGUGGAUUAGAUAUCAUCUCUGGUAAAUACUCCGACCGAAUGCUUGGCCCACGAAAAUCAUCGAAGCCAAGGAUCGGAAUAUCUCUUUUUGAAGGGUUUCUAGAAAGUGACUCAUCUGUUGUUAGGGACCUGCUUGAUUGGGAUUUUUCGGGAUAAAUCGUACAGGAUUCUUAUUUGUACAGCUUUUUGUUCUA